GUCUAGGAAACAGCCACAAAGGUUGCGGUUGUCCAUGCGGGCUUUAAAGCCCUUGCCGGCUCUUUUCAACGGGUGGCAGCGAGCACGAGCUUGUAUGACCUCGUGCAUCUCAUGUCCACAGAAGCGCUCGCGCUCGUUGGCGCGGAAGAGGCCUUCGUGUUUGUGGUCGAUCAAUUCCAGAAAAACGAACUGUGGUGUCGCACCAUGCGCGGCGAUGGAGAGCUUGUGACUUCACGCUUUCAGAUCCCGCCCGUGUCUCUCGCGUUGCAAUCGUCCUACAACGAAUACGUGGCUCAGCAGCCAGCAAAACACACUCACCACAAGCCGACCACGCCCGCGAUGCCAGGGCGUACCGAGUACCAUCGUGCCGAGGCGUUCGUUCGCGCGUCCGUGCCUGCGGUCGUACUUCCACACGCUUUGCUACACUCAGCACCGGGUUUCGCGCCAUUUGCUUACCACACGCGCGAGACGCUCAACAUUCCUGGCUGCAAGAUCGCGUCGCACCCACUCUACUCGGGCGACUCGACAAGCACAGACCGGCUCAUCAAGCUCAAGAGCUCGGCGACACUGCUUCUGCCCAUCUGCAGUGCUGACAGUUUGGAGCCGAUUGCGAUUUUGCAGGUGUGCGGGAAAACCCAAACGUUUUGUGGUAUGGGCAUCGAGGUUGAGGUCGAGAACUGCCGCCCCUUCUCGCGCGAAGACCAGUUGCUGCUCGCCGGCUUUGCCAACUUUUGCGGUGGAAUGCUAAAGAAAGUGAUGAGCUUUGCGGAGCUCGAGACCAACCGCCGCAGCGAAUACGAGCUUUUGAGCUUGUCGCGACAAAUCUUUACCUGUCUCGAUUUCAAGAAGCUCUCGAUGCUCGUGAUGAAAUCGACCAAGGACCUUCUCGACACAGAUCGCUGCACGUUGUUUGUCACAAAAAUGACGUCACCGACCGAGACGGUGCUGAGUGCGUGGCAAUCGGACAUGGGCACUGGCAGCAUCGAUUUUCACAAAGGCACGGAGAUCUUGGUCCGGUUUGGCGAAGGCAUUGCCGGGGCGUGUGCCGAGCUGCGGUCGCUCGUGAACGUUCCCGACGCUUAUGAGGACAAGCGUUUCAACCGCGCCUAUGACGAGAAGACAAAGUACCGCACCAAGAGCAUCCUCGCCGCGCCCAUAAUGAGCUCCAAGUCGACCCUUCUCGGUGUCAUCCAAAUGAUCAACAAGUCGGGCGGCACGCCGUUCCGAGCCAAAGACGAGGAGCACCUUGUCGUCGUCGCACAGCUCAUUGCCCUCGCCAUGGAGAAUAGUAAUCUCUUCCAGAAGACACAGGACGUGAGCCGGUGCAUCGGCACGUACAUUCGGCACUUGCAUCUGAACGAAGCGCUGCUCAACCUCAGCGCUGCCGCAGAAGAUAUCGUUGGCGUCCAAGGCGCGACCAUCUACCUCGUUGACGAGCGUACAAACGAGCUUUUACCUUUCACAAAGUCCGCAAGACACGCAUUGACAUUCGUCCAUCGAGCUACAAGCACGCAACUUGCACAUGGCAUGUCUGGAUUCUCAUGUACAGAACGACGAUGUAGGGGCAGCAUCAUGGAAGAGGCCAUGUCCAAGCGCACCGUUGUCAUAGUCAACAAUACCGGCAUGUGUCUCCAUUACAACCCUGCGGUUGACGCCAUCAACGGCAUUGCAGCGCAUCAAGUCAUGUUCGUACCCCUCUUCCAGUACGGGAAGAACCACUUUCAGGACAAGAUCUUUAUCGGUCUCGUGCACUUGAUCAACCGGAAGGGCACCGUGCACGACUUUGACGAAGACGACUCGCUCGUAGCCAUUGUCGCCAACCAAGCAGCGGGCAUCCUUACGAGCAUCAUGGAGCGACAGAACAAUCUGCAACUGCACGAAGAUACCAAGCUUCUGCUCGAGACAUGCAUGUCUUUCUACAAGGAGCUCAACCCGCUCGGCGUCAUGAAUGCAGUCUUCAAUGCUGCAUCGGCCACGUUUUCAAUCGAGAAGGGCCAUUUAUGGCUCCUCAACGAAGACAAAUCGAGCUUAUGGACUCCCAAGCUCUUGCCGCCCGAGGAACUUCAAUUUGCCAGCCCUUCCUUGAUUCGUCGGGUCUCGAUUUCGACUAACGACCGUCUCGAAGUGCCUUGCAUCGAAGGUCUUCUCAAGCGCGUGGUGCAAGAAGGGCGCAUGAUAUGUGUGCGGCGAUGGGACCUUGUCGGGGAUGCCAACCACAUCGAAGGGGUCCAGCGAAUCACAGCCACGGACCGAGCCGCGGGCUUUACCGACUUUGCCAUCACCGCCGCGCCUGUAUGGGACUCGUUUGGAAUCGAAGUACUCGGCGUGCUCAUGCUCUUGUACCCUCGCGGCCGCAGCUUGCACCGUCUGGAGCUAUCCAAGAUUCCAAUCUUCACACGCCAGAUCACUGGCGCGCUUAUGGUGUGUCGUGAAGUGGCGCGUCACCUGCACCAUGUGCGGCGCUUGGAGUCUAUGCUCCGGGGCUACGGCCACGGCGACUUUCCGCCACCCAACACAUACUCGUCGCUACCUGGGAGUCCCGCGCAUGUGGCCGCGCACGUCUUCUCGCUUGCGAUGGAGAUUGACGCCCACGGCUGGCUCAAGACACAAACCUAUCCCAUCAACCUCUUUAGCAAAAGCUUUUCGCUCAAGUCGCGCAACGAUCUUCUUCGACUGCCCAUGGACGCCAUCGGCAACCGGCACGUGAUACAAGUGACCAACAGCCCCCGCGCCGUGUUUGCGAAAGAGCAUUUCGACAAAUGGGUUGGCCAUGACAUAGCCUUUGGCGACUGGGAAAAGGUGAAAUAUGACAUUCACAACGCGCUUAGCCGGAAGGAGACGCUGAGCGCCUACUAUGGCAGCUCUCAAAGCGGUCGUAAAGUCACAUUGGCGCCGACCACGACGCCGCUCUCGACGGAGCUCGUGGGCGACGCGAACGAGCGGCCGCUGUGGGAGCUCUCGGACCACAUUCGGCACGAAGUCGCGUCGUUCCUAUGGCUCUUCUGCAACAAGGAGCUUCGCAUCGAGUGGUCGCAAGUGUUUGCGCUCUUCUGUCCGUACGACAAAGAGAACACGGGCACGGCCGAGCCGAUGCAUUUCGAGCAUGUGCUCAAAGCCUGCGGUGUGCAUCUCAACCAUCAUGAGCACGACGCGCUCGGCAAGAUGUUUGCCGUUUAUGCCAAGCCCGAGAAAGGCCAGCCCGUGGACAUGGAUGGCGCGUACGUCAUUCUGUACAGAGAGCUGUUGCAGUCCUUGGCGCCGAGCUUCAUCAAGCACACGCAAUUCGACUAUGAGAUCUUUCCGACGCUCAACGCGACGACGCACGCGGUGUCUAGCAUCCAACUCAUCUUGUCGCCGACCGGCGCCGAAUUCACGACCAUAGCCACGCUGUAA